AUGCGGCUCUCAGCUGUCGUAACACCUCUACUUUUCUUACACUCUUCUACUUCGCUGGCGAAGAGCCUGUGGUCGACCAAGCCAGCAGUCUCGGAUGAUGUAUUGCGUACUUCAUAUCCCAUUGGCAACGGCAAAGUUGCAGCACUGUCAUUUGGGGAAGCUGGCCACGAGACGCUGAGCAUUAACCGUGAUACUCUCUGGUCUGGGGGUCCUUUCGAGAACAGCAGCUACGCCGGUGGCAACGCUGGCGAGCGAUAUCAAUUCCUUCCUGGUAUCCGAGAUUGGAUCUGGCAGAAUGGCACCGGCAAUGUGACCAAAUUGAUGGGAGACAACAACAACUACGGGGCUUAUGCUGUGCUUGGAAAUCUCACCGUUACCAUUGAUGGCGUACAGGAUGUAACAAACUACAAACGUGUACUUGAUCUCGGCACGGGUGUUCACACAACUACGUUCAGCACUCAUGGCUCAGCGUACACCAUCAAAUCUUAUUGCACGUACCCGGACGACGUAUGCGUGUACAAUGUAGGCUCCACCAGGUCAUUGCCAAGUAUCUCGGUCUCCAUGUCAAACACAUUGACGAAUGCAACACUUGUCAAGUCGACAUGUUCGCAGGAUCAAGUACAACUUCGUGGAACAACCAAAGCUGACAUUGGCAUGAUCUAUCAAGCAGCGACAAGGGUGGUUGGCAGCAAUAUUCGCACGCAUUGUAACAAUGGCUCUUUAAUUCUACCGGCGAGUAACCAGCAUCGGGCCACUUUCGUCAUCGCUGCAGCAACAGAUUUCGAUCAGUCUAAAGGGAACGCUGAGAAUGACUACUCUUUUCGUGGUGUUGAUCCUACACCAUAUGUCAACAACACUGUCGAACAGGCAUCAAGAAAGAGCGCUGAUCAACUCCUGAACACCCACAUCGCAGACUAUAGCGCUCUGGCCGACGCUUUCAGCCUCGACCUGCCCGAUACACAAGGAUCCUCCAAACUGGAAACCGCGGAUUUGGUCUCACGCUACGACGCCAAUGGUACCACAGGGGAUCCAUAUCUGGAAUCGUUGACAUUCGAUCUUGCCCGCCAUCUCUUCAUCACCUCCUCGCGAGAUGGUGCUCUUCCACCCAACCUGCAAGGCAAGUGGUCCAACGAGCUCACCAGUGCCUGGAGCGCGGACUAUCACGCCAACAUCAAUAUCCAAAUGAACCAUUGGCAUGCCGAUCAGACUGGACUGGGCGGCUUGCAAACUCCGCUUUGGGAAUAUCUCAUGGAGAAUUGGGCACCAAGGGGCGCCGAGACUGCUAAAUUGCUCUUCAAUGCUCCGGGUUGGGUUGUGCAUAAUGAGAUGAACAUCUUCGGCCACACAAGCAUGAAGACUGGUGAUGCAAUCUGGGCCGAUUAUCCCAUCGCCGCCGCCUGGAUGAUGCUCCAUGUAUGGGACCACUUCGACUACAGCCAGGACACCGACUUUCUUCGGUCAACCGGAUAUCCUCUGUUGAAGCAGAUCUCUCAAUUUUGGUUGAGCCAGCUGCAGGAAGAUCAGUACUUCAAGGAUGGCACACUCGUCGUCAACCCUUGCACGAGCGCAGAGCACGGUGCUACCACACUCGGAUGUACUCACUACCAACAACUCAUCUAUCAGCUUUUCGAAACGACACUCCAAUCUGCCACGGCUAUCGGGGACCGCGAUAGGCAAUUCUUGUCCGACGUCCAGAGCCAGCUCUCGCAGCUAGACAAGGGCCUCCACAUUGGGAAGUGGGGUCAGAUCCAGGAAUGGAAGAUUGACAUGGACGUUCAGAACGACACUCACCGCCAUCUUUCGAACCUCAUCGGCUGGCAUCCAGGCUUCUCCUUGUCUUCCUACCAGGACGGAUACAACAACGACACCAUUAGAAAAGCGAUUGAGACUACGCUGUACUCACGAGGUGUCGGUAUCAUAGACUCUAACGCAGGCUGGGAGAAAGUCUGGCGGGCAGCAUGCUGGGCACGAUUGAAGAACGUCGAGCGAGCUCACUAUGAAUUGCGAUUGACGAUUGGGGAGAACUGGGCUGGCAAUCUGCUGAGCAUGUACUCCGGCGCCAACCUACCCUUCCAGAUCGAUGCAAACUUCGGUUUUGCGGGCGCGGUGCUGAGUAUGCUCGUUGUCGACUUGCCUUUGUCGAACGAACAGUUGGGUAGAAAGGGACGAGAGGCUAGGACUGUGGUGUUGGGUCCUGCGAUCCCUGCCGCUUGGGGCAAUGGCAGUGUGAAAGGGCUGAGGCUGAGAGGUGGUGGUAGUGUAGACUUCUCUUGGGAUGGAGAUGGACUGGUGAUGAAAGCGAGGUUGAGCGGCAGUCAGCAAGCCGUCAGGGUUGUGAAUAAGCAGGGAAAAGUUCUUGCUCAGGCGGGAGGAAGGUCGGGUUGGCACUGGGGCCCGCACUUGUGA